CGCCUGAGCCUAAGCGACCAAGCUUGGCCUUUCUCUGAAAUGGAGGAGGAGACGAAGAAAAAGCCUAUCGAAGAAGCAAAAUCAGGGUUUGGUUCGCUUAGCGAAGACAUACUUGAAAAGAUACUGAGAAGAUUACCAGCCCCAUCGCUCGCAUCCGCGGCGUGCGUCAGCAAAUUAUGGUACCAGAAUUGCAAUCGAAUCCUCUCUCGUCCAAAGCUUGCCUCUGCCAUCUCUCUCAACCCUUCCCUUGAAAUUGCUGUUCAAGAGGUUCUUGAUAAAGUUCUCUCGGAGCCCAUUCGGCCACAUUUUGCCAUUGCAAAUGGUUUUGGCUAUAGCUUCUGCAUGCAGAAAGCUUUUGAUUUGCUAUCAGGGAAAAUGGGUUCCAGGACUCCUCUUAUCGUUACCUGGGCCAGUGGAGCCAUGGGACGAGAUGCUCGUACCAACGAGUUCAGAGAGGUCAUAGGAGGAUAUUGUUGUAGCGAUUGCGAUGAUGAGCGUUUGGAUGCCAAUUCUGGUAUCCUUUUGACUGUGGGCUCUGUACCUGGACUGAAAGUUGAGGCCAUCCCUCUGUUAAGGCGGACAAAGCAGGCACCUCGAGUAUCAAUGGCUGAUGACCUUGUGGUGGAUAUUAGGAACUACACAAUUUUGGCUUCAGGUUGCACAUCGCCUGUUGCAAUCAUCAUGUUUGGAGGGGGAGAUAUUGACCUGAAACCUAUCAUUGAGAAACUGGAUUAUGCCAUGUUGAAGGAAACUGUUAUUGCUGGUGACGAGAAGACCGAAUUUUUGUACAGAAGUGGCAUGGAAUCAAAAAAUGUCUGUGAGAGCACGAAAUAUUUUUCUGAUGCUGUUGCUCUUGUGUUUGCAAGGGAUAGAGAAAAAGCUCAUGGAAUAGGGGAUAUUCAAUUCCAUGCUGCAUUAUCAAAUGGCGUUUCUGCAAUAGGUCCAAGGUACAAAGCAGCUUCUGUUAGAGUGAAUGGUCGUGAUUGUACUACUUGGCUGACUGCCAAACGAGAAGGGGAACAUGAGAUUUUUGAUGGUCAGAGGAUUCUAAAUGAUAUUAAUGAUGAGUUGGAAAAUCGCAUUGGAGGUGCUGAUCUGUAUAUUGGGGUCUCAAAACACAGAAAAUACUCUAUUGAGAGAGAGAAGCCAAGGUCGAUGUCAUCCUUGGCUUUCCAUGGAGUCAUGGGAGUAGAUGAAGAAUACCUUUUUGUUUAUGGUUCUGGCAUCAGAACUGCAGACUAUUUCCAAUUUUAUCAUUCAGAUCCAAACAUUGCGUUAUCUUCUUGCAAUAAUGUUUCUAUUCAUCUGAGAGACCUGAAGGUAGAUUGGAAUUCUAAAAGAGGCCUUCAUCCAUUAAGUGUUGCUAAUGAAUGUAAGAAGGAAUGCAUUGGAGGUUUUGUUUUUGCUUGUCGUGGCCGUGGUGAAUCAUUUUUUGGGCGGCCGAAUGUUGAUAGUUCCCCAAUAUUGGAGAAUUUUCCUGGGGUCCCAUUGGCAGGAAUAUAUUGUGGUGGGGAAAUAGGCCGUGGCAUUUCAAUCUUGAAUGCACAUGGAAGGCAAGAAGAAAGCACUACACGUCUUGUGCAUGUAUUUAGCACAGUAUAUCUGGUGCUAUCGUAUACGCCAGCAUCUAUGGAACAUUAGAUCCGGUGCAUGAUUGUGCGUCCCAGACGGAUGGAAAGGAAUCAGGGAUGAGUCAAUUAUGAGUAGCUGAUGAUGCUUCUUUCUUUAAUCUCCAUUUUCUUAAAGCUGUAGUGAGCGUCUUAAACUGUCUUGUAAGUAAAUUCUCGGUGGUGUGGGAAUGCAUGGAAUAAACAGAUUGGAAUGUUAAGAUGAGCUUUUGUCCAGUUAUUUAUGGUAGGAUCUUAGUAGAGAUCACCUAUGUAUUUAAUGAGGUUCGACUUAUAUGGAACAAUGUAGUAUGGUUUGAUAGAAUUGUUAGUACGUUAAAAGUCUUUGUAUUUCUGAAAAA